CGGCGCUCAGUAAAAGCAAUGCGGCGGCAAUCAUAGCAAUGGAUUCUUUAGACGCGAGGAUAUUGAUGAUCAUUUUGUUUAGUAUAGCUGGGUACAGUGCACAGGACAAUCGCGAAACAUCGCAGUUACGACGGAAUUUAAGAAAUCUAAUAGAAGCAAAGCUGGAUCAAAAUGGUGACAGCGAUGUACAUUCUAGCCUGGUUAGGUACUACGUCAAGACAUUGCGAGAGUUGAAUUUUGUUAAGUUCAGGAAGAACAUUUACACCAAGAAUACAACUAAUCACCGCCUCACCCCUCCUCAGUGUUCUAACGUAGGUAUUUGUUGGAGGUAGUGUCUUUCAACUUAUAAAAAUUUCACACAUGCAGAGCCUAACGACAAAGCAUUUGUCGACUUUAACAAAACAGCUAAAGGUUAAGUGGUAAACGACUUAGCAAAUGUAAACAUAUAUAUUCGGAGUGGUCUUAAUUCGUUUUUGCGGCACUUAAAAGACCACUAAAUUGCUUUAUCUCUAAAGUCUCAUCCAUACCAAUUCUGAAAAUAUGAACAGAGUUUUCACUAAAACGUUUUUUUUUUCAAUAAUAAGCAUGGUUAACUUAUGAACUGUAGACAGUUUUCUAGGUCUCUUCUAGUUUUAACUGUCGGGGACGAAAAUCUUGAUCAGCAUCAGUGACUUGUUUUCAUCUUAAAAACUACCAACCUACGCACAGAGAAUUUUUCUUCUCCUAGUCUCAGCGAAAUCGACACAUGAUUUAUCUUCUUCAAGGCUACUAUGUAUCUAGUUUCGUCUGUUCAAAGUGUUUAUUGAUUAAAAGUUCUCUAAACAUAAUCACAUCAGUAUUAUCUCUAGGAGGAAUGAUCACAGAUAUGUUUGAUGUCUGAAUUUAGUUUCUGAUGAAUCAAAAUCAAAUAAUCUACAACAAGAUAACUUAAAGAGCAUACAUGAAAUCACUCAGUAUAAGUUAUAUCGAUAAAGAGUUAUGCAGAGGUUAAACCGCGGUCAAUGACCUACUCAUGUACGUAAAGCACUCUUUGUUUCAGCUUAUUACGAUGUGGAGCAAAUAUGACUGAACUGAUAUACUUGUAGCCUAUCUUUUUAAGCGGAAAGCUUCGCUUACGUUUUGACCAUCCUUUUUUUUGUGCUUCAUCCAUCUAACUUACGAGAUGCAAAUUGUGUUCAACUUUCUUCGUUCCCAGACUCCAUAAAAACACCUCUAUAUAAACAAUACAACUUUAGCGAAUCAUUUGCGUCUGGAACUGCUUUUUCAAUCAUGUGUGUAAUUUUUGGAGGCCUUUGAGUAGUUGAGAGCGGCCACCGCCGGGGAAAGCUAAUCAGCACAAGUUGUAGCAGAUCCUGGCCUUAGUUGUCCAUUUGGAGUUAUUCUUUGGAAGUGAACAUUAAAAACCGAAAUUUAAGGGCAGCUUUGCUCAGUGUCAUGUCUGAAAUUCAUUCGAUAUAUUUUUUGAAUGCUUGCAGGUGUGUUUCCAGGCUCCUGUGGUGACGCGGCAAGGAGCUAUCGAUGCUCGAGCCGCACAAUGCAGAAAGUUUGAUAAUAAUUCCUUCAACGGUUACUUCUUUACUUGGGUCCCAUACCUCAAAGGUGAGAGGGCUAAAGUUAAAGUUAACGGUUGCCGGAGGGAUGCAGCUAAGAACUUUUCACCAUGAAAACUACGCAGUUUUGCUCAAAGAAGUCAAUGCUGUUAUCGAAGAGAUGAGCUUCAAUGUUUUUCCCCUCUUAGAAAUUAACCAUACUUGAAUUUUUCGUUAGGUACAACAUUCUAACACACAUUUGUAUUAAUUAUAGUGAAGGAUCGUGAUGAGUGUGAGCUUAACUGUUUGGCUAAAGGACACAAGUUUUUCCUUCGUCUUUCGCCUAAAGUCGAAGACGGAACCUCUUGCCUCAGCGAUCUGGAGAAAGUCUGCAUUGAUGGAAAAUGCAAGGUGCGUUGAACACACGUUCAUCAUUUUACUAGUGCCUAUAACUUCCUAGCGACGCGUAUCGGUUGGGGCCCUUCACCAAACGCAGAUCCGUAAAGGAAAGAGAUAGUCAAACGUUCAUUUUUGUGGUGUUAUUUUAUAUUCCAGGAUCUACCUUCAGAAUGCAAAGAAGGUGGAUGCUUUGGCACGAAGCCAUCUGAAGCACGAAAGGAAAGACGGUCCGGAAUUUUCACAUCCGGAGAUGUAUCUCGAGGGCAACUCAGUAAGUUUAUUCAUGAAGUAUUUCUUCUCCUCCUUUACUGUUCUGAAAUUUCACGAACAGAUAUUUGUAGUACCAUUGAAUAUUAAAGCCAAUCGCCAAAGGAGUAAAAGUUCAGUGCGGGUUCAGCAUAUGGGUCCAUAGGGUAUAUAAUUCAUGGCUGAAUGCCAUAUUCGAACGGUUUGGUUACUUUUCUGAAAUCUAAAACUGCAGCACAAUGCAGAAUUUUUAAGAAUUAUUUUGUAAUGGUGAAGCUUCAAAAUCUCAUGGUUUCGGAAGAACACCUCUCCUUUAAAAGCUUGGCGUUAUUAAUACUCUUGGUUCCAAUAUUUUUUUCGUUGCUGGUCACUUUCAUAGAUUUCAUUUCACUUUAUAAAAUAAUUCAAAUGGUAUGCGCGCUCUGAUUGGCCGUAAAACCAUUUUACAUGAGCGUAUGUAAACACGAUUUUCGUACCUUUUUCAUUAGUUAUUUUAUAAAAGAAAUGUAAAAUGGUUUCCGUGUUUACAUAGCCUGAUGCAAACACGCGGGAGGUUGAGAGAACACUCGAUAAGCUGGAAACCACUCCGCUUCGCGUCGUGGUUUCCUACGCUUAUCUCGUGUUCUACCAACCUCUCGCGUGUUUGCAUCAGGCUAUGUAAACACGGAAACCAUUUUACAUUUCUUCAAUAUCUGGGGCAAGAAAAAGUCUGUGUGUUCCUAUUCAGUUCUAGGUUACAAUCCGGUCAUUACAAUCCCAGCUGGUGCUACUAAUGUAAAUAUCACCGAAAUCCGCAGAAGCAAAAAUUAUCUGGGUGAGUUGCUGGCAUACUAAUCCAUUGUUGAACUUAAUUAUCCAAUCAAUCAUGAAACUACAAGGUCUCCAAACGAGUCCAGACUGAGUGAUGCUUUAAAGUUUGUAUAUCUUUACCAAGCUGAUGAAGAGAAAAUUUCGAAAGCAGGCUAUUUAGAAGGUAGACAUAUCGAUUUUAUCCAUCUGAACGCUGAAGAUUAAUUUUCGGAAUAGUAGGUUUUCAUGAGAGGUACAGAUUUUGCGAAUAUCUGAAUUAAACAAUUUUUGGUUGAAUCUUAAAACCUCUUGCGCUAGCAUUGUUUUUCCCUCCAAAAAUUAGCAACACCUAUUGGAAAUAAGUUGGAAUUACAUGUUUUGCCUGUUUUCUGUAAGCAGACCUCUCUACAUGGUAAAACUGAAGAAGUAGAUUAAGACAUACAUAUUUUUUCGAUUGUUUUCAGCUCUCAAGUCGCACGAUUCGAACAAGUAUUACAUCAAUGGAAACUGGGUCAUUGAUUUGCCGAAAGGUUAUGACGUGGCGGGUACAACCUUUUAUUACACCAGGCCUCGCCGAAACAAAGCAGGCCACGAGGCUUUCAUUGCUACUGGUCCAACUGAUGAAGAUCUUGACGUUAUGGUAAGAAGAUAAAAAUUACCAAAAGUUAAUUGACAACGCUGCAUCUUUUCAUACCUGGAGACAAACUCAAAACAAACUGCUGAACACUUUUGUAUAAUUACACGGGAAUGGUCACUUUCUCCAAAAACGGUUCAGCAUAACCUUAGCCCAAGAAAAGUCCCUAUUAAAGUGUGCCGUUUACAUAGCAAAUUGUAUUUGUAUGCUUAAGCAACUGGUCUCUAGAUACUGGCAAACAUUAUUAAUGCAUGGAAUACCUCUUGUUGGUCGUCUACACCUUGCAAAAGUUUGCAGCAACCUGUACCAGAGGGUUACACUUCUCCCGGCUGCGAUUACAUGAAGAACUGAAGACCAGAUAUUACUUUGUGAUAAUCGUAAGAGGUUUUUGAUACCAGGAGCAGAGUUCGUCUGCUGACUUUAAGUUAGUUCACCUGAACUUGUCUUUUUUCAAAUGUCAUCGAGUGAGUGUAAAAAAAAUAAUGUUUACGGCAAUGGUAACGUUAGUCAAAAUAAAGCUGUCGUGUUCACUGCAGAAACCAUUACUUUCACAGUUUUAUAAAAUAGAGAAAACUAAUCUUUGCCGUUUCUGUAAGCUUCAACUGCACUGGUAAUUUGUCCGGUGUUGGAAUUCCGUUUCAAGUUCACCGUAGAAAAAAACAAAUGCGAAUUGUCAAUAUUUUAUUUUUAUGCUUUUUUCGCCAGCUGCUUUAUCAAGACGACGAGCCAAGGAUCAUGUACUCGUACUUUCUUCCCAAAGAUUAUCUUAAUAAAAAUCAGGCACAGCAACCUGCUGAACCAGCCGGCUUCGGACAGAGAGGUGUUCAAGUACAGCCUACCCAAUCAGUAACUAAUGGAAACUUGUACGUUUGGAAACUAACAGGGUUUACACAGUGUACCCACUCGUGUGCUGGAGGUACAUAAAUGUGCUUUAGAAGCCCCAAAUAGAGACAAUAAUCUGAGACCAGUAAACAAAGUUUCAAAAGCGAUGUGUUUGAGAACUACUCAGUUUUGCAUCAGAAGCGCUGUGAAAUUUGGAUUGGUAUAUCAAAUAUUCUCAAUAAUAGAGUAGACUUUCAAAUUCUUUAGUCCUCAUUGCAGUCAGGUGACAAUCCCGUUUUCCAUCAACUUGACAACUUAACAAAUAUUGAAGGUAUCGGCAUUUACACUGACACUUUUUGCAGGCCUCCAAGAGGCGGUGUAUCAAUGUUCCUCAUUAACUGAUAACUCAGCUGUUGAACAGUCAGCAUGUCAGUGGAACCAAAAACCACAGCAAAGACAAAGAAUUUGUAACCUGCAACCUUGCCCUCCAAGGUAACCCAGUUAAACUAUGCAUUUACUCCUCACAGAAAUUCCGUUUGUCAGUUAGUUGUCUGAAAGUAAUGGCGUAGAAGCGACAAGUCGCACCAUUUGUUAUUUCCCUUGGGAAGUUCAAGUUAUCAGGUGUCAACUUAUUUACACAGAUGUAAGCCGUUUCUGUAAGACGGAAUUAUUUGAAUAAAACUUUGCAUCUACGUUUGGGCAAACAAGAUAUAGCUGGUGGAGAAUCAAGUCAAUCGUGAUAGAGUCAUGAGGCAGAGUGUAUACAUUUUUGGAAGAUUUCAUUUACACACAGUACGCCAAGUUAGUUUUAUUUCACUUUGAAAUAGGGGUUUCUUUCUAGUAGAGGGAUGUCUAACGUUUUACUUUAGCAAAGUAAUGUUCAAGUCACCUCCCAGUCAUUCAAAUCUCAGAUUUUCCGUAAUGCAGAGAGGACAUAUAGUAUCAUCAAUUCAAAUGUUAUUUUGUCCACGUGCUGUUCGAUUUAGCUAAGUGUUCUUUAAUGCAGAUGGGAGCCGAGUCAAUGGGGUUUGUGCUCCAAGACAUGUGGGCCUGGCUUGCAGAUCAGAAGUCUAUUGUGUAAACAGUUGGUAGAUAGUAACGGUGCGCGGAAGGACCAGAUGUUACCCAUAAGUUACUGUCCCCAGUGGCAGAGGCCCAACCCGAGCCAGAAAUGUAAUUUGAGGCCUUGCCCUCUUCCAGCAAACUGGACUGUUGGAGAGUGGAGCAAGGUAAUAGAUUAACCGAAGACAUUAAUGCAAAUAGAAACCAUAUGUAACGAGUCUGCCACAAGCGCAGUUCGCAUGCAAACUCGCGUCGACAUACACAAUGCAAGUAUAGCCUGUUCUAGGCGUUCAGAUAGCAAAACGGAGCGCGAUAAUAAACGGCUGAGGGAAGUAAUUAAAAAUGUCGUUUGUUUCCACACUUCAGUGUUCUGUUACAUGUGAAAGAGGACUCAAACAGAGGAUUGUUACAUGCACAGACAUCAAGAAUACGUCUGUCAAUGAGAGCUUUUGUGGACAUCGCUCAAAGCCAGCCAUAACGAAGUCGUGCUUCGCGGGUUCUUGCAAAACUGAAUGGUUUACAAGCCACAAGUGGUCACAGGUGGGUUCCUUUACCUAUACGCUCUCACUUGGUUAGUGUUCCAUAGCCUGAUAAUCUUCUCCACACUUUCAAACUGUCGUUCAACUGCAAUACAUUUCGUAUCAUUCUGACUUUGUAAAGCUUUCAAUUUCUCUAAAAAUUGUCCGAGAAGGUAGUCAUAAAUGUAUAUCCUCCGAGUAUUGUACUUGGGGAUUUGCUCAUUUUGUUCGCUCUGGGCUCCCAUUCCAUCGUAUGUCCAUACUUCGUACUGUCAGUUUCCUCUCUUCCUACUUUUAUAUUUUUUUAUAAAGUUCCUUAAGACAACUUUUCCCAUCACUGUCAUUUGUUGACCUCUAACUUACUUUCAUCGGACCUUUGUUUCCAUUUGUUCUUCUUUUUCUACCCUACUCAAUCCGCUUUUUCCCUUUUAAAGUGCUCAGUGCCUUGUGGUAGAGGAGAGAAAAGUCGACUUGUAUUCUGUGGGAGAAAAGGAGGUGACGCCCUCCUGUCCGGUCAGUGCCCUCAGGCUCAAAAACCAAGCUCGAGCAGAGCUUGUAACAAUGGGAGAUGUCAGGCAACCUGGGUUACAUCUGAGUGGAGCAAGGUAAAAUGGCCGUUGGGUGGCUUCGGCUCUCCACACAAAGGAAUCCAUCGUACAUAACCGGGAGAACCUGAUGAAAACUAGGCGCUGGGAAUUUGUUAUUGGUGUAUUUAUAAAACGUAAAACAUAAUCACCGUAGGCCAUUCGUUUUCCUUGAAACACGAGUAGUUGGUUGUUACUUCUGUGACACACACAAGCUUGAGCCUCUUUAUGGGUAUUUCCGAAGAAAUCGAAGACGUAAAGAUCACCGCGGAAAAAACGAAGAUCUCAAGAUUGAAGCGAAGAUCUGAAAAUUAACCAAAAUUUACGUGAUCAAAUUGAACACUCAGAAAUAAAACUGUCAAAACUCGCAAACAGUACAGAAAAUAUCUGUUAGUUCUGAAUUUUGGCAUUUGACCACAUUUCACUGCGAUUUUGACAAAGGUGUCAACAGUGGUUUACAGUCGCUGCCGCGAAACCACAUGAUGCCAUUACAAGGUUGAAAACGACAAAAAUAGUCCACUGAUAAUAUAAUCAAUAAUGACAUUAACGACGUCAAUGAGAACCCACUAACCAAUGUACUCGAUUUCAUUCGUAUCAUGAAAAUAAUAAAAAAUAAAAAUAAAAACAAAACAAAAAAAACCAAAACAAAACAAAAAAAAAAAAGGAAGAUCUUCCUAAAAAAAAGAAGAUUUGCAAAAAAAUCACGAAGAAAACGAAGACCGUAGGUACCCAUAGAGGGGCUAAAGCUUCGGUGAUGAGAUCUCUCAAGCUUGAAAAAGGAAAGUGAAUGGGCAUGCAAGUAAGUUAGCUGAUCUGUGCCAGUGGUCAAAUUGGUCAGUAGUACAUUUACAAACUGAUAAAAGUUCUGGUCCUGGUCACCUUUAUCCAUAGAGAACUUUGAAAAAGAGAAACAUUUCUAUUUAAUUACCCAUAUUUUAAUUCAGUUGUCCUUUAAGAAAAGAUAACAAAUCCAAAAAAAAAAAAACCUUUGAUACUGUAUUACAUUACGUCUUAUAGUGCUCAGUUGAAUGUGGAACCGGGACCCAAUCACGCGUUGUCUUCUGUGCUGGUAUGGUUGGAGAUAUGCAUAGACAGUUUCCAGACCACGCUUGUCUUCUAAACCCCAAACCAGCAACACUUCAAUCAUGUGGAAACGACUCAUGUGCUCCAGAAUGGUUCACUUCAAAAUGGGGCAAGGUACACCGGAAUUACUCUUUUUUUACCCGACUUUGACAGUCUUUCAAUUUGCAAUAGUUUUGUCUGCGUUUGAAUUUAGGAUAAAGAUACAGGAAUUACAGAGGCGGAAGACAUAAUUUUCUGCAAAAUCUCAGAAACUAUCAUAUCAUUCACCCAAACAAGAGAAACAAGUGCCUUUGUUGUUCCUUUAAAAAAGUUUGGAAAACGGAGACUGACUCGGACACUACACGCCUGCUCCUGCAGAAGUUUAAUUAUUUUCCCUCACUAUGAUGCCAACUGUUUCAUUUCCCUGUUCAUUUUUGCAGUGCUCCAGGUCAUGUGGUGGAGGUAACCAAGUCAGAGAUGUUAUGUGUCUUGAUCACAAAGGUCAAACAUCUAAAGAAUGCCAAUCACGGCACAAGCCUUAUCAUUAUCAGCGCUGUAAUAACUUCGCAUGUCCUACGUCAGCUUCACAAGCGAGACGAAAACCACACUGUAAAGACUCUUACAGCGGAACUGUGUGCAUGUAUGUUACACAAGCCAACUUCUGCCAGUUUUCACAUUACCGCAGGAUGUGUUGUAACAGUUGUGCAAAAAGGCACUAACUUCGCGCAAACAUUUCCCUAUUUCACGUGAUUGGUGAAUGAGACGUCAGCCAAAUGACUCUGAGAGAAGAUCAAUGAAAUUACAUAGGAUAUAAAUGAGAAAAAGAAGGAAAUAAUCACUGAAAUCAUAGUAACUUUGUUCAUUAUAUACCCAAUAACAUAGUCUACAAUACUGCUGCGCGUUUAGACCAAUCACUGGAUACAGUCCAACGCAUCAGGUAGUCACAAAGCUACGUGGAAAAGACAGAUUUGCUCCUGGGCGCAUAUCACCACAGGAAAAAGAAGUUCAGGAAAAUAUUUAUCAUAAGUACAAAAGGGUCUAGUCUGAGAUAGUUUUAUUACACAGCUCUAAAGCUCUAUGGAGAUACUUUACACAAAACUCCCUAAAAGGUUUGUGUAUCCUCAGCCAAAAAACUUGGCAGUGAAGAGAUCCAUGCCAUAGAGCAAAAGCACAGUAAUUGUAUCUGCUUCACAAUAAAAGUCAAUGUCCUGCCUACGUAAUUCAGAGACUGGUUCUGUUUUAUGGUACAAUUGACAGUGUGAAGGCACAAAUUUUUUUAUGGUAUCUUCUCUCUACCACUGGUAACCAGAGCUGAUUAAAGCCUUUAAACUGAAGCAGAUUUUUUUAAUUACACUAAACCCAACUCCUCAACAGAACUGUCUUCAAUCGUUUCCUUACUACAAACAGGACAGAGCUGAAAACUGGUUACCAAUAUAUGAAUAUAUCUGCACAUCACUAAGUACAGUAUCCUUUGUGAUUAACUCCGAAAAGUAAACAGAAAAUGCCAAUGAGACAAAAAGUUAGUUUUUUUUUUUUUCAUUUUGCAGACUGGAUUUCCACUAUAACAUUGCUUAUCAUACCUAGUAAAUACUUUUCUUAAUAACAACUCACUUUGUGCUCAGGCUAUUUAAGUGGUGCAGAGUACAUAAAAAGAGAGUACAAAGCAAAGUAAUGUACAACGCAAAAAUUUUUAUUAAAUUGAAGCUACACAUAAAUGAUGACUAGUUGUGUGCAGG